AAAUCAACCUAAAUCGAACCCUCCUAAGCCAUCUCUCUCUCUAUCUCUCUCUCUCUCUCUUCCCUCCUCUACCCAAGUUAGCUGCCUAUCUAACUGGCCUAACAUAUCACACUUACUCACCUACCAACUGCCGGGCUCUCCGUCAAACCUCCUUCUCCUCAUCCCACCUUUUCACUACCUUCACUUCCACGCUUUCAUCCUGAAGAACAUCAAUAGUUUCCAUUCCUAAAAAGGAAUAUCUUGGAUUUCACUUUCUGAUUAUACAGUUGCAUCAAUGCCUAAACGCAGAGGAAAUGGUCCUGCUGGUAAUGGAUAUAGCAACAGACCACGCCAAUCUAAUACUUCCUCUGGCUCUGGGCACGCUACCAGGAGUCCCCCAACAUCCCCUUCUGGCGGAGAUUCGCGACUGGCUUCACUAACACCAAACCGGGGCUCUUUUCAAGUCACGCCCGCCUAUGAAGCAGAAUCUACUGAUAGUGGUAACCGUGCUUCCGUUUCUGAUAAUGGCUCCGUGGAAGGUUGGCAGGCCGCUCCCGGUCCUAAAACCGCCACUCGGCGCAAAUUCCUCCCAAGAAAUGGUGGUGGACCCCCACGCAGAGAUAAACACGGACUCCCUGCGCUGAAGAUUGAGGGUGCUCCUGAUGACGACGACGAUGAAGAUAGUGUUUCCUGGGGCCCCACCACCGGAGGUGGGGCGCCAACCCAGACUAAAGGUGUUCCGAGAAACCCACUUGUAGCAAUGUAAUAUCAGAUCCGUCCUUUAUUGCAGUUUGGAAUUAUUCUAACGCAUUAUAUGCAUAGGUUUGAGAUGGAGAGCACCGAAAAAUUUCCUGCUGGAUGGCGGCGCUGUCCAGAAGUUCCCUCCGUUACAGAAUUGCUCCGCGAACGGGUUGAACUGCCAAUUAAUGUGGUUGACGGUCCAUACGGUUCCGUUGACGAUUACUUGGAAGCGCAUUACGAGCUUUUGAAGGAGGAUGCAUUUGCCGGUCUUAGGGAAGCUGUGUGUCAUAUGAGACUUUACCCAGAGGCAGAAGAUACGAAUGACCUUGCUGUCUAUGAUCACGUUAGUCGUUCCCCUACGCGAUAUUAGCCCCCAUAGCAUUGAUCUUGCCAUUAACACCUUUUCUUCUUCUCCCUCGAAGGUUCGCAUACUAGGCUUGACAUUUGCUCCAAUGGGCGUCUGCUGCAAAGUGUCUUUCUCUCUUAAUCGUGCGGGUAAGAGAGUUCGCUGGGAAACUUCUAAACGCCUCCUUCCUGGAACCUUAGUCUGCCUUUCCAAUGACAAUUUCAAGACUUUAAAGCUAGCAACGGUCGCAGCGCGGCCAAAGGCUGGACUGGAACUGCCGAUGCCCGAGGUAGAUCUUUUAUUCACCGAAGGAGAAACUGAGUUUGAUUCUACAGAGACCUUUAUUAUGGUUGAAUCGAGGCAGGGAUACUUCGAAGCGUAUAAAUGGACUCUGAAGGCGUUGCAGAGGAUGAACAAAGACAAGUAAGUUUUAUAAAAUUUUGUAUGCCUGUUUAUUCUAAUUCGUGAGUCUGUGCUGAUAUUGGUGCUUAUUUUAGUUUUUUGCUUCAUGAACACAUAUGCUCUUUGGACCAGGACGUGCCUCCUCCGGACUAUCUAAAAAGCUCACCAACGCUUAACUUGUCAUCGCUUUUUCCAGAUGUUCAUGAUAAGGAAUCACUUGAAGAAGUUGACAUAUUACAUAACUGGCCUACGACAAUUCAGAGUACUAUGGAUAAGACGCAACUGCGGGCUCUGAGGACUAUCCUAACAAAUAGGGUUGCGAUUAUUCAAGGACCACCUGGGACGGGAAAAACUACAGUCAGUGUAGAGGCUCUAAAAGCUAUGAUCAAGAACAUGGACCGGAACGAUCCCCCAAUUGUUAUUGCAUGCCAGACUAAUCAUGCACUCGGUGAGACCCUGCGAAGACAUUCGGGAUUAGAUGGUUCUUUUCCUUCCCGCUAACGACACAUACAGACCAAUUGCUGGGCAAGAUUCUUGAAUUCGAAGAAAAUGUGGUAAGAUUGGGUGGGCGUACCCAGGAUCGUGAAAAGAUCAAAGAGCGCACCAUUUUUGAGCUUGGGAUGCGUAUGAAGAAGCAGAUAAUAGGCUCGAAGCUUGGCUCGGCCCGGGCACAGAAGGAGCAACUUACCCAAAGAAUGAUUGAUUUGCUUGAAAUUCUUAAGCCGGAGCUCCUUACACCAGAAACCUUACGCCAAUACGGAGCUAUAACUAAAGAGCAGGAAACCAGUUUCAAUAGCAAUAGGGCUGGUUGGAUUACCUAUGAGGAUGACGAGCAGCCUACUGGCGUAAUGUCUGAUUGGCUUGGGGAUUCAUUCACACCUAUAAUUGUUGCAGCCAAUCUGUCUGAAGAGUACGAAGAAGCCGAUGUCGAUUACGAGACAUCGAAGGAAAUGGAAGCCGAAUUCCAGACUACUCUUCAGGCUGAUGAAUUCGAUGAUUCCCUCAAAGGGCGUUGGACACCGUUGGCCCAUAAAUACCGUGUUCAAGUUCCAUUUAUGCCUAGCGAGGAUGAGCUUCGGCGGGCAAUGAGAUUGAAAAACGUCUGGGAUAUUAAUGACCACAUUAGGCCGGCAAUGUAUCAACGCCUCAAGCUACAGGUUAUAGCGGAGGUUCGGAAGAAAUUUCGCGAGUACAAUGUUACGUACCAGAAGCAUGUUAGGGACCUAAAGAUUGCUAGGCUAGAAAAAUAUGCCCACAUUCUAGGAUCAGCUAAAUUAGUCGGAUUAACCACAACAGGUCUAAGCAAAAACAGAAGUCUACUGGCAGCUGUGCGGCCCAGAGUAUUGCUAAUAGAGGAGGCAGCGGAGACCUUGGAAGGCCUUGUGACGGCUGGGUGUAUGCCCAGUAUUGAACACUUGAUUUUGGUCGGGGAUCACAAGCAGCUGAGGGGGCAUUGCGCGGUCUCCGAACUCGCAGGGGACCCAUUCAACUUAGAGAUAUCAAUGUUUGAACGGCUGGUCAACAAUAAGCUGCCCUUCGACAUGCUUCAAAAACAGAGACGUAGGCUCAGAGCUUGCACUUCUACUAGCGGUCCGGCUAACAAAUAAUGGCCUAGGUAUGAGACCGGAGAUCCGUGAGCUACUAAUGCCGAUUUGUAAGUUCAGGAUCCCACUCGCCGGAGACUUGGGGGCUAAUAUGAAGUGUAGAUCAAGACUUGGUUGAGGAUCACAAUUGUGUUCUGGGUCGGCCGGGUAUUCCUGGAAUGGGUGAUACUCACGUCGGUUUUUCUAGUCCUCCCUAUCUUACGACCCAAACCUAAUCAAUCCUAGGUAUUUUGGUACUCUCAUACGAAUCCGGAUCAAAUGGAUAGUGGCACGUCACGUAUCAAUACCGAGGAAGCCGCCAUGAUAGUCGGUUUCAUCGAGUAUCUCGUGCUAAACAAAACGCCCCCCCAGAAAAUUACCGUUCUCACCUUUUAUGGUGGGCAAAAGCAUGAGAUCACUAAGCGUGUCCGAAAGAACGCCAAUCUAAAUGCCUGUGAGCCUAGAGUCACCACCGUAGAUAGUUAUCAAGGAGAAGAAAACGAUGUUAUAAUUCUGAGUUUGGUGCGGAGCAAUUCUCAAGGGAGUGUGGGGUUUUUGAACGUAUGUAUCCUUGCUCUCUUCUCUUAUAUUGCAUCGAUGGUAUACUGACUAGGUCUUGUAGGUCCAAAAUCGUAUUUGUGUUGCUCUGUCUCGCGCAAGGCUUGGGUUCUAUAUCUUUGGGGAUGCACAAAUGAUCACUAGGGCAGACAAGACCUGGUGGGAGAUUGGCAAGAUUCUCAAUACAUGCCCAAGCCGGAUUGGCUUUGCAAUGCCGAUUGUUUGCCAGAAACAUGGGAAGCUUGAAUUUAUCAAAGGUAUUCUUUCCCUAAUCUUUCUUCAAUCAUUUUAAUUCUUUACUCAGUUUGAAUAUAGAGAGCCAGGACUGGGUUGAUAUCGUCGGGGGAUGUUACCAAUGGUGCAAAGAACUAUUGCCGUGCUCGCACACCUGUCGCUUCAGAUGCCACCCGUAAGUGAACUCAAUAAAUACCAUUCAGAAACAAGCAAAUCUAACAUUAGGUAGGUUCGAUCACAAAGAUAUCCGAUGUCUGGACCCGUGUCUCAAGCGCCUUGUAUGUGGCCACCAAUGCCAAGAGGAUUGCUUCAAGCCUUGCCACUGCUCAAAGUGCAAUGAGAAUGGCGUGCUUUCCGACGAAAGAUCAGAUGCCUCAAUCCCCAGAGCAUUGGCCCGCUCCGAAAGCACACCAGGCCGCCUUACCCCUAUUCAACCCACCUCCUCUUCUCUUAUUGAUACGAGCUCGGGACAUGAUAGCGCGUGGAAUUAUCAGGAUAUACGUAACGACGGGUCUAACACAAGGCCGAGACCAGCAAUUGUCCAGAGAGGCAGGGCGGAGCCAGAAGUUUCUUCUUCAGACAAGAAUCAGAAGUUUGUUGAUACUCGCCCCUCCAAUCUCUCAGGUCAACCUAUUACUGUGAAUGCUCAGAGAUCCCUUGGAUCCCGAGGCGGAAGCGUACUGCCCAAGCCAGUAGCGGCUAUCGCACCGGUAGGGGACAACGGAAGCCCAGUAGCCCAGCCAGCCAGCUCGAUAAUGGAAAUCAGGGGCCCAAUAACCGAGAGGAGAAUGCUCGGUGGGAGCAGUCCGAUGGCCACCCGAAGAUCCGCUCCCACCCAGCAAAGCUCUCCCCCUAGAGCUAGUCCAAAGCGCCCUCAAGGCCCAAACCCGGGGGAACAAGGUUUCUUUAAUACAAACCCAACUUCCCCCCCUUCGGGACCCGCUCCUCAUGCUAAAUCUAUUGGUAGAGGAAGACAGCAAAACGGAGGUCCCAACCCCGGCACUCAGCAGCAGACAACUUGGAGCUCCGUGGCUAGUAGACCCCAGCCCCAAACAAACAAGCUCCCAGAUAACGGGAUAAACCGCUACGGCGGUGGCUACACCCGCCGUUAGCUCUCCUCCUAAAAAGGCCACUAGACAUAAAACUUUCAUUGG